AUGAACCCGGACAGCUUGCCACAACAAUUAGCACCUCGCAAAUUGUCCGAGACUGAUUUAAUCUAUGAGGUCGUCAACACCGGCAGUAUUCCUCUGCAGAAAGACAAUAAUCCGUGGAUAAGUGCAACAAACUACGCCAUUGACACUAAAGAGCAGGCGCUGUGCCUGUACAUCGAAACUCACGCUGAUGUCAAGAUCGGUCUCGGUGAGCAGGUUAAAGCAUGGCACCGCAGUUGGCAACAAUUCACCUUUGAUAAAACCACUGAGAAUAUAAUCUCGAAACAGACCAGGGAGGAGAAAUACACCAGCACCGAUGUGGAAUGGUGGAAAUGGCUCGUUGCGGCUUUGAUGGGCCCCCUCGGCUUGAGGAUAGAAGGUGUGACUGUUGCUAUCGUUGAAGGAAAUGCUCCAAAUCUUGGAGGGACAAUCGCUUCCAUUGGAAAGAACCUGCUCCAGUGGCUUGAGCAGAAAACAGUCAUGCUGAAGAAAAUCAAAACCCCAAAUCAUGUUGUUAUCUCUCUUGAUGUUGAUUUUCAUCCGGCGUGA